AUGGGUCGCAUCGCGUUGCUUCGUGGAGCCUUCUGUCGAGAGUGGCGCCAUCUGAACGGCCUCAUUCCAUUUGAUAUCCUCUCAGCUUGGUCGGUGGUGGAGCACCACGCGCCCUACUGGGAGCAGCCGUUCUCGCAGCCCUACUUCGACAACUCGACGCGGCGCGAGAUGACGACGACGGUGGGGCAGACGGCGUACCUGCACUGCCGCGUGCGCAACCUGGGCGACCGCGCCGUCUCGUGGAUCCGCAAGCGUGACCUGCACAUCCUCACCGUGGGCAUCCUCACCUACACCAACGACCAGCGCUUCCAGUCGCUGCACUCGGACGGCUCGGACGAGUGGACGCUCAAAGUGAGCUCGCCGCAGGUGCGCGACUCUGGCGUCUACGAGUGCCAAGUGAGCACCGAGCCCAAGAUCAGCCAGGCGUUUCGCCUCAACGUCGUCGGUAUUCAUGUUUUACAUGCCUUUAGCAGAGAAACAUCUCCAGUCUACAGACUUUGUUUACACUGA